UUCUCCCUUUAAACUCAUCCUCUCUCCUCCCUAAUCCCUAUAUAUCUUCUCUCCUUAUCUCCCAUUUUUCACUUAAUUAAAACUCACACAAUUUUCUCGAUCUCCUCUUUCUUACAUACUUCUUCUUUCACUCAAAUCCUUAGCCUUUCUAAGCAAUUUCUUGUGCAUUUCCUUCAAAUUAAAACCUCAUCAAAUCUUAGUUAUAUAUAUUACCCUUUUUAUUUUAAUUUUUAUAUACUCAUGUUUGUGAAAAUUGCUUAUUCCCUCUUUCCAAACAUUCCCUAGCAUUAUACAUUUUUUUUCUAAACUCUCCUUAAUAAUUGUUCAUAAAAAAACCUCCCUCUUUUUUGUUGAAAAAUUUCAUUUGGUUCGAGUUUUUGAGAUGGAAGAGGUGAUGGGUUUUGAUAGAAGUGCUCAUUUGAUCAAUGAGUUACUUCAAGGAAUGGAAUUUGCAAAGGAAUUGCGAAACCGGAUUAUGAACCCAGAAAAUAAAGGUUGUUUAAGUGAUGAUAAUGAUGAUCAAGUAGCCCUUAAUAAUUCAUUACUAGAAAAAAUGUUAUCAUCAUUUGAUAAAACCAUCACAAUUGCCAAGUUGCUCCAUAUUCAACUCCCACUGCACCCAUCUGAAUCCCCUCAUUCUUUGACCAUUAGUAGCCCCAUAAGUGAAAACUCUCACCCUGAUGAUUCUCCUCCUUCUAAGAGAAGGAGAGUAAUGAUGAGAAAGUGGACAAAGAUUGUGAAGAUGAGCUCAGAAAGAGGUGUUGAAGAUGGGUUUAGUUGGAGAAAAUAUGGACAGAAAGACAUCCUUGGAGCUAAAUUUCCCAGGGGAUAUUACAGAUGCACUCAUCGCCACACCAAAGGUUGUGCAGCAACAAAGCAAGUCCAACGUUCUGACGGAGAUGAAUCCAUUUACCAAAUCAUGUAUAGAGGAGAACAUACUUGUUUCCAAGGAGCACAGGCCCAAUUCGAUGACAUAAUUCCAGCCCAAAUGAAAUCAGAACAACAACCACCUCCAAGCCCAAAAGAGCAAGAAGUGUAUGUGGGCCUAAGCCCAGAAGGUGAACUUAAAGUAGAAUCUGAGCAAGAACCUGAAAACCGUGCCCAAUAUUUUCGUUCCUUGUCAUUUACCCCAGCAAAUCUACAAGUGGUACAACCUGAUCCUAUUGAGAGCUACUUGAUGAGCUAUUGCUCGGAUUUUGAUUCACCAACAACCUCGGUGUCUAACUAUCUUCAAGUGUUGCCAUAUAACCAUAUUGGUCUUACCGUAGAGACCUCGGGAACCGAGUUCACCGAAGCGGUUUCGGGUCCAAACUCGGUCACGAAUUCACCCAUGAUGGAUGACUUUGAGUUCCCCAUAGAGGAGUUGCUUGAUUUUGGUGGUAACUUCUCUUUUGAGCUUUGAACUAUCUUUUGUCCAUCUAAUCCUACUCACCAUUCACCACUUAUCAGGUAGGUAGGAAGUUAAGAACCAAAUGCGGCUUGUGCAUGCAUUAUAUUGGUUUAGUACGUACAAUAGGGCCGGGGUUAAUGUCUUAAUUAAUAGUCUAUAUAUAUAUUACGAAGUACAUGAUUUUUCCACCUCGAGAAAUCCGACACCUUGCGUGCGUGUUUUUUCCGAUUACAUUGUGAAGAAGAUUGUUGAGGUGUUGUAGCA